AUGAAGUUCCUCGAAACGCUCACAGUAGCAUGUCUACUCGCCACCAACAUGCCAGUCUUCGCACACCCACAACCAGUCGCAGAGAUCUCGACCUCAUCUGCAUCAGAGAGACGUGAGGCCGCGCGCGAGGCAGAAAAACUCUUUGCGCCCGUCAGCGAUCUAUGGAAGCGCAAGGGCGGAGGAGGUGGUGGUGGUAAGGGCGGCGGUGGUGGAGGUAGCUCUGGCUCUUCAGGCAAAGGAGGCUCGUCAGGCAGUAGUAGCUCUGGCUCGGGCUCUGGCUCAUCAGGGUCCGGAGCAUCAGGACGAGGUACAGCUGGCUCCAACGCAGGUGGCCAAACGAGAACUGGAUCAGGCGUCACUCCUAGGUUUGGUGGCAAGUAUGGAGGUGGUGCCAAAACCCCAUACACCGCUGGUAGAGCAUCACCAUUAGGACUCGCCCCUGUGUUCCUGGGUGUUGGUCUGCUUUCUAUCUACCCAGGUCUCUGGCUUUACGGCGCUUAUGGAUAUGGAUAUCACAACCCAUACUACUUCCGUAACAGAACUGCUCGCCGCAACAGCACCGACACGAACAACACCAAUACCCCAACUCGUGACCUCCCAGAGCUUGUAAUCCGCCAGGAUGACUCAACAGGUGUCAACGAGAGCAAGCCAGUCACUUGUCUUUGCGCCCAAUACUCCGUUUGCGGUUGCGACGAUGACGGAAACUACACUUUCCUCGACUCCAUCAUUGGUGAUGGAGAUUACUUCAAGCUGAACUAUUCCUUGGUUACUGUUGCUGAUGUCAACGGCACCAGCACCAUCCUUCUGAACGGUACUCUCCCCAACGGCACUACUGCACCUGGAGGAACCGAGGAUGCUGUCACUUCCAAUUCCACCGCAGGUAAUGCUGCUGUACGAAGCGUCAUUGAGGUUGGCGGAUACUGGGUCAUGAUCGCUACUGUUGCUCUGACUUGUUUCGCCAUAUAA